AUGGAGCUGCAUCCCGGAUCCGCAAUAGUCAUUGCUCCCGCGAAUCGGGGACCGGGAGUCCGCGACGAGCUGGUGCCGUCAUCAUCUUCGGAGGAUCCACCGGUCAAGAGCUCGGAAGAGCUCGUCGAUGCAUGCUCGAAGAAAAGCACUCGCGAAGAGCGCGCGGCGUGCUCGACGGAGGUCACGAUGGAGCGCGUCGGAGCCCACGCGGCCGAGGAAAGCGGGCGGGAGAGGCUUAAGAGGCACAGGAUGGAGAUGGCGGGGCGGGUGUGGAUACCGGAGACAUGGGGGCAGGAGAAUCGACUAAAGGAUUGGAUCGACAGCUCGGUGUUCGACAGGCCUCUCGUUCCCAAGGGUUUGGUGUCGGCCAGGGAGGCGCUGGUGGAGGCGUGUCGACGGACGAGCUCCCGCUCGAGGCAGAUAAGAAACCCAUGCUAA